AAGACAUGAGGUUCAAUGGUUAGAUCUUUAGCAUGGCAGGGACUACAAAAAGACAACAGGACUGUAGCUUAUGUCACGUGCUGCCCAUGUCCUGAUGCCAGUCCUCACACGUGAUGGCCCAGCACGUCAUGUCCAUGCAGAGGUAACAUGGGACUUCCAUACAAACGUUUGAGUCAACACUGAUGUUGUUCCCGUGUGCGUCAUGUUUUGGCCAUGUCCAUAUCGGUGCUGUGCACGCGGGGGUCAUGCCCGCACGUCCAGGUCUUAUGACUCCCUGCGACUCGAUCGGCUUCAGAUGGAGUCCGAGCCGGUCACAAGCAGGCCCCAGCCUUAGCCUUUCAAGCGUGGAGGCGAUUUCAGUUGUCCCCCGAGGCCCAGGGUUUCCCCAGCAAUUUUUCCUGUCCACCCAGCCACGGAUCGCGCCUGUCCGGUGCCACAGGGAGCAUGUUUGGUAAGGAGAAAUCCAAGUCUUCUGAUUUAGAGCUGAUAGUAGACGAUCUGGAGAUGGAAGCCGAGAGGGAAGGCUCGUUUAGUGGUGAACUACAGGGACGUAAAGACAACCGUGUGGCGCCAGCUGUUCUCAGCAGUAGUAAUGGGGUCCUGCCACAGAAUGGAUCCUCUCCUGCCAAGACUUCAGCUGUGGCGAACGGGACCGCAUGCAGCAAUGGUGACGUAAACGGUGUUCUAAACAACAGUGAAGGCCGACAGGACAGAACGAGACUGGAUGCAGGGAAAUUGCAGCGGGCGUCCAGUACAUUGUCCAAUCAGGUGCCUGAUGACAAGGCCAUGGAAGAUGACGUCAGGAACUUCCUAAAGAACCUUGCGAAGAACCGACUGAGAGAGAAGGUGUUUUACGUGGCGGCGGUGUGUAGUCUGGUGGUGGUGGCGUUCGGUCUGCUCGCCUUACAGUGGCUCAUCCCGUAUUACUACGCCGUGUCCGCCCCAGUCCUCAUAGGCCUAAGGCUCUAUCUAUACUGCACAAAGAAGUGGCAGUUCUUCAUGCUGGACUUCUGUUAUUUCGGAAAUGCCAUUACGUAUGUCUAUAUUUGGGCAGCUCCGGCGGAUCCUAGGAUGUUCCAGGUCACUUUUGCUAUCGCCAACGGACCUCUCGUCAUAGCGGUUUUCUUCUUUCGCAACUCCAUCGUGUUCCACAGCAUAGACAGGAUGACGUCAGUCUUCAUCCACUCACUACCUGCUUACGUCGCCUAUGGGGUACGGUGGUACUCUCCUGAAACAUCGGUCAAUUGGUACACACCUUUCCCGACUGAGACUGAGUUCCAGAACCCGUCUUUCAUCUGGCUGCUCGCUGUGCCACUCGCCUGCUACGUCGGCCAUGCCCUGCUGUACGCAAUAGUCGUCAACGGCAUACUCAGACCCAGUCCGGAGUACUGGAACAGUUAUCGCUUCUUAACAGCCAAGAAGAACGGCGUUGUGUACAAGGCGCUCAAUAUGUUUGGUCCGAAAUUUCUGUACUUCAACUACAACGUGCUGAACGUGUUGGUGUGCCUGGCGUCUAUCCUCCUGUGUCAGGUCUGGUACAGAUGGUUCGUCGCACACGCCGUCUUCCUCGCUGUCGCGUUCGUCAUCAAGGCUUGGAACGGUGCAACUUUCUACAUGGAUGUGUUCAGCCAGGGGAAGAGCGUCUCGGACUGGGACUGACCAAGGAACUUUUAACUUGAUAAAACCUCCUUGGACUGACGUUUCGUGCGGUUGUCACUGCUUCUGACACACAAGAUAUCAGCAAGCCACCAACGCACUCAAACUGGGUAAAAUGUUCAGAAAUCCACAGACAGUAUCCUUAAACAUUUGUAAACUUGAAAUUCCAACAAAAUUUCAACUUGCUUUGAAAUGACGCAAGAGUUUCCCCGUCACGUGAGUAAGAGACAAUACGGGCGCCGCGAAAGGAGUGAUCACUGAAAACGUAUAAUGAAUAGGAAGCCAGUCAGCUUCAUUUUGUGAAUUUUUAUCGGACGAUUUCGGUCAGUACCUGACUAGGUGUUGUGACGACUGUGGAACUGCUCUGGCGAUGAGAAACACAUGGCAAAGUGUGAACUAGCGUUACAUCCACGGUCCUAGGACUGCAGUAUUUAAGGGCCAAAGACACUGAAGAGGUUUUACCUGUGGAUUUUGAUAGAGAUGCUUAGUGUAGAUGGCUGUAGUUUUGGAGACAAUGUUGACCACCCAAGCCAUACUACUAAAACGGACAGAAAUGCACAUAACUAAUAAGGUAAACAUGAUAUUUCCCCUAUGUUCGGAUAUAUGGACCAUUUGUACAGUUUGUUUUGUAAAUAUAGGAUCUUUAAAAAAGGCUGUAUGUACAAUAUAUCUAAGUGAGGUUUUGUCUUUAACCCCCUUGACCUCAGGAACACAGAAUGGAUUAUCAUGACAUGUAAAUAUAAUGUUGCAGGCUCAGGUGUUUCUUGCACAAUACGAUAAGUAAACACACAAUGGCAGUUUCCACUUACACAGAUACAGCCACGAGAACAAGUGUCUGUAGCUUUUAUAAGUGUGUAAAACGGCAGUACCAUAUUAUCAUAACAGAAUGCUACUGAUAUUCAGACAUCACUGAACAAAGAGGAAUUGCCUGUUAGCAUUGUUCAAGUCUGAUUGUAACCUUGUCAUUGCAAUGCUAAUUCUUUUUUCCAGCAACAAGCUAUGGAUUGCAGACCACUUACCAUGUCACCUCAAUAACAGGCUAAAAUGCCCAUACAUGUAUCCAAUAUUGUAAGCAUGUCAAGCAUUUCCAUAUCAGAACCUGAUAACAGCAGGAUGGUUACUAUCUGUCACUGUUUUUAAAUUGUAUAUGUUCUUUUGUCAUUUACGAAGGAUUGUAUGAUAUUAAGUGGAGACUUUGCAUGGUGGAAGUGACAAUAGACACAUGUUUUACUGGUUACAGUUUAUUGGCUAUUGUAGAAUAAAGCAAAUAAAGGAAACAUUUAUAAAUAA